AUGACUCGGCUAAUUGCUCCAUUUCUGUCCCUCUUUUUGUCUUUGGUUGUUGCAGAACCAGAUCCAGCAUUCAGCUUCGGUGCUCGCUUGCUUGACCCUAUCUCCACUGGAAUCGAGACGGCCAAUACCACCGGUAGCCAACAUGUCGGCAUCCGAAGGGAGAGUUUCGCAUUCGAGGAUCGCCAACUCAAUGUGAGCUGGUGGUAUCCUGCUACUAGUGAGGAUAACGCAGUACCGUUCACCAAUGCUGGUGGUCUUGUCGGAGAAGCCGUCCUCGAUGCGCCGCUCGAUUCAUCAAACGGCCCAUAUCCACUCAUCAUUUUCUCUCCGGGAGUAGCCUCUUGGGACGAUUCGUAUUACUUCUUCUUGCAGAACCUCGCCAGUCAUGGAUAUGUCGUUGUUAGUAUCAAGCACCUCGAUGCGACCAAAGCCGAAGCAAAGGCCAACCCUCUCGCGCUUGCCCAAGCAAAGAAAUAUCAAGAAGAGCAAAACGGGAGCUACGCUGUAUGGCUGACGUAUUCUUGGUGGUUCCGGACCACACAUGAAGGGCUCAAGUAUCGCCCACAGGAGAUUGGCUUUGUGAUUGAUAAGGCUAUCCAAGCAGCUUCAGACAAAUUAUCCCCUUUUCAUGGCAAUAUCGACGCCGAGAAUAUUGGGAUGGCGGGGCAUUCACUAGGAGGAUUCUACACGCUUCUUGUGGGAGCUGGCAUGGCCGUCAACUGCGACUAUCCCAUGACUCUUAAGGAGCAGAAUCUGCUGAACCCUAUUCUCACUGAAGUCAACUUCUGCGCCUGGCCUGAGUCAAGGAACUUCAGCUCCCCUACGGAUCUGCACGAUUCUCGGAUCAAAGCCGCAAUCUCUCUUGCGCCACCGGUAUUCAUCAAACCGUCGGAAAUAACCCGAGGAGCUAACAGCAUCAAAACACCAUUAAUGAUUUUGACGGGCAACGAUCCUUACUUCGAAUCGACGCUCAAACCACAAAGACAGCUCUACGAUGGCGCCGCAGGGCCCAAAUACAAGGUUGAAAUCAACGCGACCAACCACAUGUUGAUCGCCGACACCUACCAAUAUAAUGAUGAGCUCACAGCGAACGUGCCAGCCUAUCUCAAGAGCAACUUUUCAGCAAAGGCAGACGUAUACAUGACUUAUUCUUCGGCCUUUUUUGAUAUGUAUCUGAAGAAAGAUGAUUCCAAGAAGGAAGUUCUCCAAUCGUCAUCUUCGCCUCUCGUCGCUGCGCUCGAUUAUUCGGAAUAG